AUGUGGAGAGUGCUGAAGAAGAUGACAGAGUGUACGAAAAGCGCGGUCAUGCUAGACGGAGAACUGUCUAAAUUCUUCGACAUUGAGCAGGGGGUCCCACAAGGUUGCACGCUGUCCCCAACAUUGUUCCAGGAACUACGGCACGCCAUGCUUCGGGCUCAGAGAGUGGCCUCCGAGGCCCGUGAAGACGCCAAGAAGGGGAGGGCCGCCGAUGAAGAAGAGCUCAAGCCUUUGCUGUCGUCCUGUUUGCGGUCCGACGGGGCAUUGCUGCCACCCUUUGCUCUCCACGCGGACACCUGUCAGAUGAGGAAGUGCAGGAGCUACAUGGCCUAUCAAGUGCAGGCUAUCACGGAGAGGGUCAAGGGGACUUGUGAAGAUGUCGAGAGCGAGUUGCACCGCCAAAUUCAGCUUCGAAAGGACGAGGUUUGUAUGCUGCGGGAACAACGGGCGGAGGCGGAGGAGCUGUACGAAGCGCGGGCCGUUCGGCUGGAGAGCCUGCUUGAGGAGUGGAAGGGAAAACACGCCGCCCUUCGCCGCAGGUUCUCUCUCGAGACGGAAGGUUUCCGCCGCGACGCCGACAACAUCGGCAGGCGGUUCGAGCGCAUACGCGCGGGCCCCCCAGGAGGCCGGCCGGCCAUCUCGAGCAGGAGUGGGUCUAGCGCAAGGCUUGCCGUCGAGCGCGCGUUCCAUCCCCGGGAGGCGGCAGGCGGCGGGGGCACGGCUGCGGCGGGCGUUUUUGGGCAGCUGGGGGGCGGGCACCGCUACCCAUCGGCGUAGGUAGAAAGCGCGUGCGCGUUUGUGUGUUUUAUUAUUAGCAUCGACCGCGCCAACCGGCCUGGCCAAUGAAAAGACGUCAGUCUCAGUGCGAUUAGAAACGACGAAAAAUGGCUCUCAACACCAUGAUCCGGACGUGUCUUUUUUUCUGUCUCUUUUUUUUCAGUGUGGCCUUCAGGUUGGUUUAUCGUGGGGUGGCGUGUUGUGCUGCCGUCGUCGUGUUCAGGUAGACAUGCCUCGUCGCAUUUUCGAGGAGAGCGUUUUUUGGUUGUUUUUACUACUGUGGUGCGCGUGUGCACUUCGGUUGGAAGGCAGGGAACGAGUGGGAACAUGUUGUGGAUGUUUGUACAUAUGUGCUGGUUUGUGAUAAAAGGUGCUUCGUGCCUGCUCUGAAAUGGAAACUGCGUCCGGCUGUUGGGCCUGUCUAGGACCGGGUGGGCAAGAAUUGCAGCCGAUUCAACCGUCGCGGUAUUUUUCUGGUACGUCCGCUUUUUUGAGUCUCGCAGGAAAGUAUGCUUACCAGCAGGCUGAAUUGGUUGCGAAGUAUGCACCCGAUUGCAAGAAAUCGAAUAUCCAAAA